UGUCGGCAACUAAACCACCAAGCUGGGAGACCACCAAGCACGCCACAGACGUCCUCAUCCUCCUCCUCUCCGCAAACCCUUCCUUCCAGAACUGAUGAUGUUCUCUAGUUGGGUCAGGAAACGUCGACAAGAAAACACACCAAGGACCCCACAGUUCCUCCUUCUCCUCCCCCUCCUCCUCCUCGUCCUCUUCCACCUCCACUGUGCAAACCGCACACCCACCUAACACUGAUAACGUCCCCUAGUUGGGUCAUGAAACGCCUGCAAGAAAAGUUUUUUGGGGCAGCCCCUCAAAUACUGGAACUCGGCUAUCACGUCCCCCCUAGUCCUUCUUCUCUCUAGACCGACCAAACCCACAUCCUGCAACCGUCCUUCCUAUGUUUUAGUCUCCGGGCCUUUAAAUCCUCUUAAGUUGCUCUUCUCUGCACUUUUUCCAAAAGUCUCAACAUCUUUUUCGUUAACGUGGGGACCAAAACUGGACGCAGCAUUCCAGGUGUGGCCUUACUAAGGCUUUACAAAGCGGUACUAAUCCUUCUCGUAAUUUUGAUUCUCUUGCCUCUGUUUAUACAACUGAGAAUCGUAUUAGCGUUUUUUGGCGGCGGCUGCACACAGCUGGAUCGGCCACUGGGACUCCAAAAUCCCCCACCUUUUCAACCCACAACAGCUGGAUCUUUGUCCUCGCCUCUCAUCUUACCGGCGUUGCAACCACGAGCAAACAAGCCAUCGGCCUCUCGGUUGACGAUCCUUUCGCCCCAUCCAAGCACAAGGCAGCGUCAGGAAAUGUGGAAUUUGACCACGGCCGUUUCCAGUUUCCAGUCCCGUGUUGAGUUCCUACACCAGUUCAACCAACCAUGUUCCCAGCUGCUGCCUGGCUGGUUUUGCUGCUGGCCCCCGGCCCCCCCUGGGCCGCGGGGGACCAGAUCCAGGAGACCGAGGAGGGGGAUAUUUUGAAGCUGGGCGCCUGUUUCCGAGGCUCGGCUGUGGAAGCCGGGGGGCUCAACCUGGGCCAGAGAUGGGGGGACCCCGCCCCAACCGCCACGCUCUUCAUUGACUUGCGAACGGUCACCAGUGCAGUUUCCUCCUUCGACUUCCGGACCUUUGACCCGGAAGGGGUGAUCUUCUACGGGGACACCAGCCCCACCGUCGACUGGUUCGUCCUCGCCUUGCGUCGGGGGAAACCGAUCGUGCAAAUCCACAACACCCUCAUCAACAUCACCGUCUCUGGGGGGCAGCGUCUCGACGACGGCCGGUGGCAUCGGAUCACGGUGAAGAACGAAGGACACUUCGUGGUGUUGUUGGUCGACGGAGAUGACCAAUUCACCCUCAGCCACGUCUCCCACCCGAUCGUGAACCGGCCCACCCCUCAGAUGCGUAUCGGAGUAGGAGGCAUGUUCAUUUUGCCAAACGAAUUGCUGGUCCCGCUGAACCCAUCCCUGGAUGGCUGCAUCAGGCACUGGGACUGGUUGAACACGAGCCAAGAGUGGCACGAGGGGGCAGCCUUGCACCACCCUGACGCCAAGGUCUGUUUCGCGACCAUCCAACGUGGCAGCUUCUUCCGGGGCGACGGACGAGCCGUCUUUGGGCUGUCAGGCCUCCCCAGCGGGCUCAGCCCCACCCACGGCAGCUGGCUGCUCUCCGUGCAGCUGCGGAUCGGGGCCGCCCCCCAGCUCAGCACCUUGCUCACCGUAUCAGGGUCGAAGCAGCCCCCGGUCCUGCGCCUGGCCCUCCAGCACAGGGAUCUGACAGCCGAGCUGGGCAACCAGACGGUUCUUCUGCUCCCCCUCCCCGAAGGGGGCUGCCUGGACACCCCCCUCCUCCUCCGCCUCACCCCCUCUUCCUUCACGCUACGUCUGGGCGACACCGAGAUCUCCAAACCGACCCCCAAGGCAGAUUUCGAGAGCCUGCAACAGCUCUGGCUGAGCGGCACGGGCCGACUGGUCAUUGGGGGCGAAUCUGAAGAGGACAAAUCUCAAGAGGCUCAUUUCUUCCAGGGCUGCCUUAACGCGAUCCGGGUUCAAGGCCACGAACUGGACUUCGACGAAGCUCAGCACCGGAGCGAUUCCAUCUCAGCCCACAGCUGCCCCGUGAACGUGGAAGGCAAAGCCGACGGGGGCGAUGGGCAUUAAAGGGAUGGCGGUGGUACUGCGCACACGCACACCUGGGCACGUGUGUCUCCGCCUCCCUCAGUUCCGCCUUCCGUGAAUGUGUGUGACUUAAGUUCCCGUAGCCGCAACGUUGGCUGUGGGUGUGAUUGUUGACCAUGUGGCUGCUGAACGGCUGGCUGGGUGCCAAGCCAGAUUGCGGUUGUGUUAACGGACAAUUGUGGGAAUUGUCAGUGGUGGUAAUCUACGGACUCCCAAGUUUACUCGGCCCCUGCAGAAUUAGUGUCUCAUUGUUGUAUCCGCGAAUGCUUCUCGACCGUGGGAACUUUUAAGACGGAUGGACUUCAAUUCCCACAAUUCCCCAGCCAGCGUAUCACUUUUCCAUUUAAUUCUAAUGUGUCAGUUUUCCAUUUAAUUGUCACGCCAUCUGUAGUUUACCUUAAACUAGAUUAUUUUAUUAAGUUCGCCUGUCAAGGGUUAUUUUAUCACUUUUCUGAAGUCAAGGUAUAUUACGUCAAACCGCAUUCCCACCGUCUAUUAAGAAAGUUAUCCAAUUUAAAAAAAAACAAACGAUAAAGCUAGUCAAGAUACAUUUUUUAUUGUCUUAUUUUAAAUCUGGUAUGUUGGGCUGCUGUGAGGUCAGAUCUAGGUUUUGGGAUUGUGUUUUUUAAACCCUGGCAGCUUGAAAACGGGUGGACUUCAACUCCCAGAAUCCCCCAGCCGGCAUUUUAGUUUCCCAUUUAAUUCUCUAACCCACCUCUUUUACUAAUUUAGCUUGCCAUGGAUUUCACCCCCCCACUUCUUAAAUCAAGAUAUAUUACAUCUACUGCAUUCCCACCAUCUCUGAAGGAAGUUACCCAAUCAAAAAAAUAUAUAUAUAAAAUAAACCGGCCACAUUUAUUCUUGUCCUAUUCAUGCUGAAUUCUGGGAAACCUUUGCUGGCUGGGGAAUGCUGGGAGUUGAAGUCCACCUGUCUUAAGAUUCCCACGGUUGAGAAAUAUUGGUUCAGGUUGAGAGGUGGUAUUUAGCCGGAAAUCGCAGGUGGGCCCGCCCUCUUGUCCUGGUUCUGUGCCAUUCUAUUUAGGCAUGUUUUUGAGCUUUGCUGGCUGAGGGACUCUGGGAGUUGAAGUCCACAAGUCUUAAAAGGGACCAAGGUUGGAGACCCCUGUUUUAAAGGUACAAUGGAUCUAUCCCAGGAAUGCAGGGGUGGGGGUAUCGCUCUUCGUAGAAUCCUACGGCUGGGAGGGAUCUGCGAGGUUUUCUAGUCCAAUCCCCAGGAGUCCAAGGCAGGAGGCCUUAUAUACCAUCCGGGGUGUACGGUUGUCCAAACUUUCCUUCAAAAUCUAUAAAGAUGUAGAUUAAGGGUGAUGAAGCAUGGCCCUUUUUAUGACAGGUGGACUUCAACUCCCCAAAUUCCUGAGCCAGCAUGGGAAUUCUGGGAGUUGAAGUCCAUAAAUCAUAAAAGGGCCAUGUUUCCCCACCCUGAUAGAGAUAGAUAGUUGAUAGAUACAGGGGGUGGGGGAGGGGAGUGAAAUAAUAGAAAGGUAGAUGAGAGAGAGAGAGAGAGAGAAUAGAUGAUUGAUAGAUGCCAGAUACAGAGAUAUAGAUAGAAAACAGAUGCCAGAUAGAUAGAUAGAUAGAUAGAUAGAUAGAUAGAUAGAUAGAUAGAUAGAUAGAUAGAUAGAUAGAUAGAUAGAUGAUAGAGUAGGGAGGGAGGGAGGGAGGGAGAGAGAGAGAUAAGAUAGAUAAAAUAGAUAGAUAGAUAGAUAGAUAGAUAGAUAGAUAGAUAGAUAGAUAGAUAGAUAGAUAGAUGAUAGAGUAGGUAGGUAGGUAGGUAGGGAGAGAGAGAGAGAUAGAUAAGAUAGAUAGAUAGAUAGAUAGAUAGAUAGAUAGAUAGAUAGAUAGAUAGAUAGAUAGAUAGAUAGAUAGAUAGAUAGAUAGAUAGAUAGAUGAUAGAUAGAUAGAUAGAUAGAUAGAUAGAUAGAUAGAUAGAUAGAUAGAUAGAUAGAUAGAUAGAUAGAUGAUAGAGUAGGUAGGUAGGGAGAGAGAGAGAGAUAAGAUAGAUAAAAUAGAUAGAUAGAUAGAUAGAUAGAUAGAUAGAUAGAUAGAUAGAUAGAUAGAUAGAUAGAUAGAUAGAUGGAAAUGAUUGAUAGAUACAUAGACAGUAAGAUAGAAAGAAUGAAGGAGGGAGGAAGAUAUGGAUAGAUAGAUAAAUAGAUAGAUAGAGAUAUGGGUUAACAGAGUUGGAAGGGACCUUGUAGGUCAUCUAGUCCAACCCCCAACCCCCACCCAACCAGAUAGAGAGAAAGAUGAUGGAGAGAUAGCGAUCAUAGAAUCCUAGGGCUGGAAAGGACCCUGGGGGGUCAUCUAGCCCAACCCUCUGCUCACGCAGGAGACUAUAUAUACCAUUCUAAACAAAUGAUAAUCUGAUUUUUUUUUCUUCAUAACCGCCAGCGGAUGGAGGCAAACCCCUGAGUCAUCCAUGAAUCUUACCCAAGACAAAAUCUCCCUUUGAGAGUCGGCUGCGAAUCCUAAACCAGAGCUGGGGUGGGGGAGGAGAAAUUUUGCCUCCCCCCCCACUCUCCCCCCCCAGCUGCUGAAGGGUGCUCCGAGGAGCCGCCACCACCUCCUCCGCCGCCUCCCCCUCCCCACCUCUUUCCUUCCCUGCUCCUUAACCAACUCCUUAACCAAUUCACUUUGCAGGAUACACACAACCAACACACACAAAACACACAGGCAGAAGGCAGAGCCAGGGAUGAAGUCACAAGCUCCUUUAAGGACACAAGAUUAGAAUAGCAAUUGCGCCAGCCAGCUUGGAAAAUAAUCCAUGUCUUGCAUAGAAGGUGUGCCCGGGGUGGUGGUGGGGGGGGACAGCCCCACAGAUUGCACACCCAAGCACAGGCCUCUUGCACAUUUGCACUCCCUGCGUGUCCAGUGUGUGCUCACCGAUGCCACCUGACCUCUCCCCACUGCCCGUCUCUCUCAGCAUGGCAGAGACGAUGACCCGCCGUGUCAAAAGCAUUUUCGCGCAGGGUGGAAUUUCUCCCUACGUUGAAGGAGGGGUGUCUGUGCCCAGAAUUUUGGUGCAAGAGAUUUGUGCCACGGGGCAGGGGUCAUUGCACACUCCUGCCAGUGCCACCGGUGGGCUGGGGUUGGGGGGGCAUUCGGCCCAGGCCCUCGCCUAGAAAGCUGAAUUCCAUCCGAUGUGGGAAUAUUUUUCGAUAACGCUGCAGACCGGAGAGAAUUAAAUUUGGAAACGCCGGCUAAUCUUAUCCAUCUUUUUAAGGGGUUUUUUUUUUAUUUUUUAAAAAAAAAUCGAUUAUGUUUCUUUGCAACGUAAAAAUAGAGGGAAGCUAGAAAAACCAGAACGAAAAGGGAGGGAUGGCUUUUACGAUUAUUAUUUUUUCAG